CAUCAUGUAAAUGACAUCUGGACAUCAUUUAAGGCUGUCUGUCGAGCGUCGCCUUUUGUCGGAAAUAAGGACAUGGGACGGGAUCUUUUUUUGUUCUUGGCGGCGUUGCGCUGCUGGGUCUGUGCAGCUGAUGACUGGACUCAUGCAUAUGCUGAAGACGAGCUCUUUAAAAGGCUCUUUAGUACCUACAAUAAGUGGUCCAGACCAGUGCAGAAUAUUACUGAUGUAGUAAUUGUCAAGUUCGGCCUCUCAAUUGCUCAGCUGAUUGAUGUGGAUGAGAAAAAUCAGAUGAUGACGACAAAUGUAUGGCUGAAGCAGGAAUGGAACGACUAUAAACUGCGCUGGGAGCCCUCCGAUUAUGACAAUGUAACAUCCAUCAGGGUCCCAUCAGAGUUGAUCUGGGUACCAGACAUUGUCCUGUAUAAUAAUGCAGAUGGUGAGUUUGCUGUAACUCACAUGACCAAAGCCCACCUGUUCUACACAGGAAUGCGUUGGGUGCCGCCAGCCAUCUACAAGAGCUCAUGCAGCAUUGAUGUCACGUUCUUCCCCUUUGAUCAGCAAAACUGCAAAAUGAAGUUUGGCUCUUGGACAUAUGACAAAGCCAAAAUUGACCUGGAGCGCAUCGAAAAAACUGUGGACCUGAAGGAUUAUUGGGAGAGUGGGGAGUGGGCCAUAGUGAAUGCUGUCGGCACAUACAACACCAAAAAAUAUGACUGCUGUCAUGAAAUUUACCCAGAUAUCACCUAUUUCUUCAUCAUUCGUCGCCUUCCUCUAUUCUACACAAUUAACCUUAUCAUCCCCUGCUUGCUUAUCUCCUGCCUGACCGUGCUGGUUUUCUACCUGCCUUCAGACUGUGGGGAGAAGAUCACACUAUGUAUAUCUGUUCUACUUUCCCUGACGGUCUUCCUCUUGCUCAUUACUGAGAUAAUUCCGUCCACCUCUCUGGUCAUCCCCCUCAUUGGAGAGUACCUGCUCUUCACUAUGAUUUUUGUAACUCUCUCCAUCGUCAUCACUGUGUUUGUACUGAACGUGCACCACCGCUCUCCCAGUACUCACAAGAUGCCAUGCUGGGUUCAGUCUGUAUUCUUGGGAUUUAUCCCACGUUUUCUCUUUAUGAAGCGUCCAGAGCCUGGGCAGACACGUCACCAGCAACAAGAAAAGAGACAUGCUCCAAGUCAGUGCUCUAAUCUCAGCACCUCUAAAAGUUGGCUGCAGCAGGAGACAGAUUUGGAUGUGGGUGUACUCUGGAAUAAAAAGGGCAAUGCAGCCUGUUCAUUCUCUCCUGCUACAUCUUUAAACUUGUCUGACUCUGAGAACUCACUGAAAAAGUGUGACAUGCAACAGCAAGGACAAAGGAUAACGCUCAUUCAACGACCUGCCAACCUGAGCCAUCUGGAGUCUGGGUCGAGACUGCCGUGCUCCCCAGGUCUACUACAGGCCUUGGAGGGAGUGCAAUACAUUGCAGAUUACUUGCAUGUUGAGGACACAGACUUCUCCGUCAAGGAGGACUGGAAAUAUGUAGCAAUGGUGAUUGACCGCAUCUUCCUCUGGAUGUUCAUCAUUGUAUGCCUGCUGGGGACAGUUGGCCUCUUCUUGCCUCCCUGGCUCUCGGGGAUGAUCUAGCUGCUUGCCAUGGGCUUACUGAUAAAGACAUCAGGUCUCUGAGCAAUGUUCAACCUGUACAACUGGGCCAAGACCUGCCCUAGAGAUGACUGCAUUUUAAAAGAAAAGAACAAUAAUUUUUUUUCGUGCUUUUUUACUUUGGAUCUGUUGUUGCUUUCACUGCAUUAAAAAUACAUUUUAACAACCA